CUUUGCGCUCAUAGGGGAGGGACGAGCGAAGUCAAGUUCGGAUCGGAUCGGGAAAGAGCGCACCGGCAGAGCGAGACAAACGGCACCAGGGGAGAAACGCACGUUUUCAUUUCACUUUACUUCUUUCAGUCGUCGAUUCAAGGACAGAGUUCCUUGAGAAAAAAGUGAAGAGGAUCCCCAAGCGUCACGGGAGAGAGAUGCAGCCGGCGGCGAGAUGGACUUUGCUGCUUCUUCUCGUGGGUUUGAUGACGCGAGACUGCUUUUCAUCCAAGGCAGAGGACCGGCUAUUCAGGAAACUGUUCAGAAGAUAUAACCAGUUCAUCAGACCGGUGGAGAAUGUCUCUGACCCUGUCACUGUGGAGUUUGAGGUCUCCAUCUCACAGCUGGUCAAAGUUAUUUGGAAUGACUACAAGCUGCGAUGGAUGCCGGCAGAGUUUGAUGGGAUAGAGUUCAUUAGAGUACCAUCAAACAAGAUCUGGAGACCCGACAUUGUGCUCUACAACAACGCUGUAGGUGAUUUCCUGGUGGAGGAUAAGACCAAGGCUCUGCUGAAGUUUGAUGGUACCAUCACCUGGGUUCCUCCAGCCAUUUUCAAAUCUUCCUGCCCCAUGGACAUUACCUACUUCCCCUUCGACUAUCAGAACUGCUCCAUGAAGUUUGGGUCCUGGACUUAUGACAAAGCCAAGAUUGACCUGGUACUUAUUGGGUCUAAGGUGAACCUGAAAGACUUCUGGGAGAGUGGUGAAUGGGAAAUCAUUGACGCUCCGGGCUACAAGCAUGAUAUCAAGUACAACUGCUGUGAGGAGAUCUACCCAGACAUCACCUACUCCUUCUACAUCAGGCGCCUGCCACUCUUCUACACCAUCAACCUCAUCAUCCCCUGCCUCCUCAUCUCUUUCCUCACAGUGCUGGUUUUCUAUCUCCCGUCUGACUGUGGAGAGAAGGUCACGCUCUGUAUCUCCGUCCUGCUCUCCCUCACUGUGUUCCUGCUCGUUAUCACGGAGACCAUCCCCUCCACAUCGCUUGUCAUCCCUCUCAUUGGAGAGUAUCUGCUCUUUACAAUGAUCUUCGUCACACUCAGCAUCGUCAUCACUGUGUUCGUGCUGAAUGUACACUACCGUACGCCAAUGACCCACACUAUGCCGGGUUGGGUGCGCUCUGUGUUUCUCAAAGUGUUGCCGAGGAUUAUGCUGAUGCGGAGGCCGAUUGACGAAGACAGCAAAGCUGGGGGGUUGGACAGCAGUGGGGAGGCAGGAGGAGCUGGAGGGGGAGGAGGAGGCGGAGGAGGGAAAGGAGGGAAGAAAAGGAAGAAUAGCUUGAUGCAGCAGGUCGGAGGAGGCUCCCUCAACUGUCUGGAGUUUGGGGACAGUAAGCUCUCGUCCGUGGAGGGCUGCACUGGGAAGAAAUGCCCUUGCCCCUGCCAACAUGGGAAUGAGACCCCAGAAACACCAGACAUGGGGAAGAUGACGCGUCAGCUGAGUCCCCAAAGCAUCAACACAGUGGUGGCCUUUUCCGUGGUGUCACCUGAGAUCAAACAGGCCAUCGAGAGUGUCAAGUACAUCGCUGAGAACAUGAGGAGUCGCAACAAAGCCAAAGAGGUGGAGGAUGACUGGAAGUACGUUGCCAUGGUGAUCGAUAGAAUCUUCCUCUGGGUGUUUGUGACGGUGUGCGUCUUGGGGACCGUGGGCCUCUUCCUCCAGCCUCUUUGUGGCUUUGUCUCAUAACUGCUAACCGAUCAGGGUUCACCGCCACCCUGUAUUGACCAAUUCUUGAACAAGUGACUAACUCUCAGUUCUCAUUUGACCAAUCAGAAGACGGAGUUUUGAGUCCUAAAGCACUACUUGGUGUGCUGGUUUUGCUUCUUGCCUUUUGCAAAGAGCAGUCAUUUAGAAAUAGUGUGAGAAAAAAGAGUUUAAAGUUUACAGUCUGGCUGGUAAACUGCGUAAACGAUACAAAGCUUGUAAUGCCUUCAUUUUCUGCCUUUUAAGGCUGCUUAUUUUACCUACAAAGUAUUGCAAUAGAAUCUACAUAAUACCUAAAAAUAUUGCACUCUGCUUUUGGAGAAACGUCCUGAAAAGCAAGAAGAUAAUGUGGUAUCUACAGUGUGUAUUUUCUUGACAUUAAGAAAAACUUUUUUGAUUUUGAUUGUAUAGAUCAUAGUUCACAUGAAUUAAAAUUGUAUCUUUGUUUUGCUAGGUUUGUCACAGUAAGUGUGGCAAUAUGUUGUAGAUCCUAGAUAUUACUAAACAGACUGCAGUCUGCCACCAACACAAAGCAGUUAUUGUGUUUUGUCUUUUAGCUCGGUUUUGUAGCGGUUGCAAAUUUUACAUGCUGUC